GCGGCUCCUGGGGACUCCCAGGACGGCAGGUCAGCAGCCGAGGUGGGGAGCUGGAGGGAGUGAGGAGGGCCCUCAGCCUGGACCAGCCGAGGGACCGGCUCCACCUGUCCCCGAGCACCCACCGCCAUGGCCCUGGCCCAGCAGCUGCGGGCGGAGAGUGACUUUGAGCAGCUUCCGGACGACGUGGCCAUCUCAGCCAACAUCGCCGACAUCGAGGAGAAGAGGGGCUUCACCAGCCACUUUGUUUUUGUCAUCGAGGUGAAGACAAAAGGGGGAUCCAAGUACCUUAUCUACCGCCGCUACCGCCAGUUCUAUGCCUUGCAGAGCAAGCUGGAGGAGCGGUUCGGGCCAGAGAGCAAGACCAGUCKGUUCACCUGCAGCCUGCCCACGCUCCCAGUGAAGGUCUACAUGGGGGUCAAGCAGGAGAUCGCCGAGAUGCGCAUACCCGCCCUCAACGCCUACAUGAAGAAACUCCUCAGCCUGCCCGUCUGGGUGCUGAUGGACCCGGACGUCAGGAUCUUCUUCUACCAGUCCACCUACGACUCGGAGCAAGUGCCCCAGGCGCUCCGGCGGCUCCGCCCGCGCACCCGCAAAGUCAAGAGCGUGUCCCCCAAGGGCCCCGGCRUGGACCGCCUGGAGGCUCCACGCGCAGAGGCCCUGUUUGACUUCACUGGGAACAGCAAACUGGAGCUGAGCUUCAAAGCCGGAGACGUGAUCUUCCUCCUCAGUAGGGUCAACAAAGACUGGCUGGAGGGCACGUCCCAGGGGGCCACGGGCAUCUUCCCGACCUCCUUUGUGAAGAUCCUCAAGGACUUCCCCGAGGAGGACGACCCCACCAACUGGCUGCGCUGCUUCUACUACGAGGACACCAUCAGCACCAUCAAGGACAUUGCCGUGGAGGAGGACCUCAACAGCACUCCACUGUUCAAAGACCUGCUGGAGCUCAUGAGGCGGGAGUUCCAGAGGGAGGACAUCGCCCUGAACUACCAGGACGCCGAGGGGGACCUGGUCAGGCUGCUGUCGGACGAGGACGUGCGGCUCAUGGUGAAGCAGGCCCAGGGCCUCCCCUCCCAGAAGYGCCUCUUCCCCUGGAAGCUGCACAUCACCCAGAAGGACAACUACGGCGUCUACAGCACAGCGCCCUGAGCCCGUGGCGGCCUGGGGCGAGCGGAGGGGGCCUGGCGCCUCUGCCUUCCCCUGGGAGGAGAUGAGGGCCCUUGGGAAAGACCCAGAGCACGUCUCGGACAUCCCGGUUCCGAGGCUGGUGGA